AUGGAUUGGACUUCCUAUCCCUAUGAAGCCGAACCGCCUGGAAUAGUCGGACCGGAUAUUUUGGAGAUCAUUUCAGAAUUCAUUUCACUACUAUGUAUAACCCUGCUUGCAUAUAUCAUAGGGAAUAAGACUUACAGCGAGACCACACGAACUAUGAAUUAUGGUAAAUUCAUGGUCAUUAUGCUCUAUGUAACAUCAUGGUCGUUCGCUUUUACUUCAGCUGUUGUAGUAUCGACAAAUAAUAAUAACAUGGUGUCAUGUACGCUGGCAAUGCUUUCUUGUGAUAUCUUUUAUGCUGGUAGUAAAAUUGUAAUAUAUGCUUGGUUGAUUGAACGCAUCUUCCUCGUCAAAGCCAUAAAACAACCACGCCUUAGUACUUGGCAGUACAGAAUCCAUUUAACAAUGUUAUGCCCCUACAUUAUAAUUUUUGCUUUGAUGUUGACGUAUAGAAACAUCUACCUUGAAGCAGAUGGUAAAUGUACAAUUGGAUUGCAAUUGAUUGCAAGUGUUCCUUUAUUGGUUUAUGACUCUAUUCUCAACUUCUAUCUAACUCUGCUCUUCAUGCUCCCAUUAAUGAGUAUUGGUUUGAAUUCUAAAGCCAACUGGAAAAAGUCCAAACUAUACAGGCUUGCUCAACGAACUUUGGUCGCUUCAAUUGUAUCUCUCAUAAUUUCGUUUGCCAAUGUAUUGGUUGUUGUCAUUACACGAGGUCACGAAAGAGGUUUAGUCUGUCUAACCAUGUGUACAGUAGAUGUUACGGUCAAUGCAAUAACCAUUUAUUGGGUAACAACCCAUCGUGUCACUGGUAAUAAUAUGGAUGCACAUGCUAGAAGCAAGACGUUUUAUACAAUGGAUCAGGUCUCGGCGGAACUUUCUUUCAAUGCCACCGCGCCAGGAGUUAGUACAACCAAGAAUAUGAAUAAAGAUCGACCAAAAUAUGAAUUUGAUACCAUGAAGAUGGACUAUGACGACGAUAUCAGAUCACCAACUGAGCAACAUCACGAUGAAAAUGACAGCUGUGGCGAAGAGAGUAUCCGCUCCACACAAGUUUCUCAAAUAAGCGCUAAGCCUCUGCAUAAUUAUUGA